AUGCAUAUCCUCAAUGUAGUCUUCAUUGCGGCUUUGCUAGCAGUGUCAAUUGACGCAGAAACUCCAGGCGUCUGUGCAAACCUUUGGGUCACGAUCUGGGAAACGCCCGGAGCUGAACCCCCUGGAAUAUGGAUUUCAUCUUCAGAUACAUACUCCAUAGUAGUACCAUACCAGACAGGUGGUGGUGUACCUCAAGCACCUGGCGGCACCCCUCCCGACAGCGGCACAUUGACCCCAGCCAUCCCACCACCAGCAAACCCCACGAAUCCACCGCCAAUGAUGUCUUUACCAGUACCAGAAAUAACACUCAACCCAACCGUCCCAGCAAUAAUAUACCCAACCCAUCCGCCCUCACCACCAGGAUUCGGAACAUUGUGCAGUGUGAACAGAGUCUGUGGACCAGAACUCUGCUGCAGCCAAUACGGCUACUGCGGUUCGACUGCAGACUUCUGUAGCACAGGUUGCCAAGUCGGAGCUGGUUACUGUUGGCCAGAGACCGGACCUCCUCCCACACAAAACGGAUAUUGCGGCGCUCUUCACAACGGGACAACGUGUGUGGGCUGGCCAACUGGACAAUGCUGCAGUCAAUAUGGCUCUUGCGGCAACACUACUGACUACUGUGGAGGUGGCUGUCAGUCUGAGUUUGGUAUCUGUGAUAUCGUUUCUUCGUCUCCGGCGCCAGGACCGAAUGUCACUCCAUCGCCGCCACCUCCUGCUACGCCAUUAUUGACGUUGGCAUCAGUUCCAACUUCUUACCCAUAGC